AUGUCUUCCCCUCAAUUCUGGUCAACUCCCCUCCGCUACGUCCGCUGGGCCGCUCACGAGAAGCCUGCCAUUUUCUUCUCCCUGAUCAUUGGCUCCAUGGGCCCGGUCGCGCUGGUUACCCUGCCCCCCAUCCGUCGGGCUCUCGGCGACGUUGACCCCGAGCCUAUUCCCCUCACAUAUCCUCUCCCGAAGGGCCCGCGGUCAGUUCCUCAGGGCUUCGAUGACGAGUAA